GCAAAAGCGCCUCACACGUCGUGCACGCGUGUUUGUGUCGAGUGAUCCGAGCUGGACCGAGCCGAGCCGAGACAACUGCGGUGCAGAGCCGAGGAAGAAGAGAAUUCACCGACAUCUGUUUUAUUUAUUUCUACACAUCAGAUCAUUUCUCUUCUUUUUUUUUUGCACGUGCAUCUGCUUGUGACAUCUGCAAACAAGGAGAAGAGGAGGAAGAAGAAGAUGGAGAAAUUAAACGGCUUCUCCUCGGACAGGAACGUCCUGUGUCUGUUCGACGUGGACGGAACCCUGACUCGACCCAGAGAGAAAAUCGACUCACAGCUGGACGAGUUCUUCCAGACUCUGAGGAGGAAGGUGAAGAUCGGCAUCGUGGGAGGGUCGGACUACUCCAAGAUAGCAGAGCAGCUCGGGGAGGGGGACGAUGUGAUUCACAAGUUUGACUACGUGUUUGCCGAGAACGGGACGGUGCAGUACAAAGACGGGAAACUCCUCUCGAAACAUGCGAUUCAGAACCAGAUCGGGGAGGAGCUUCUGCAGGACCUGAUCAACUUCUGCCUCAGCUACAUGGGGCUCAUCAAGCUGCCAAAGAAAAGGGGGACGUUCAUUGAGUUCAGGAAUGGAAUGCUCAACAUUUCUCCCAUCGGUCGGAGCUGCUCGCCGGAGGAGCGAAUCGAAUUCUCUGAAAUCGACAAGAGGGAGAAGAUCAGGGAGAAAUUUGUUGCUGCACUGAAAGAGAAGUUUGCUGGAAAAGGUCUAAGGUUCACUAAAGGUGGUCUCAUCAGCUUUGACAUUUUUCCGGAGGGCUGGGACAAGAGACUGUGUCUAGAGCUGCUGGAUAGAGAGGGACUGGACACCAUCUACUUCUUCGGCAAUGAGACCACAGAUGGAGGAAACGACUUUGAAAUUUUCAGCGACCCGCGGACCAUCGGUUUCACAGUUUACAGCCCAGACGACACGGCCAGACUCUGUCGGGAACUUUUCUUUGACGCUGCACCGAACGACUCCUGACGCACUGACACUUCUCCCUCCACCCGCUUACCCACAAGCCCCUCUGAGCUGUGGGUUCCUGCUGAGAUUUUUUUAUGAAUUGAAGUUUUUUUUUUUAUUCUCCUUUUAACUUUCGGGGGUGAUUUUAACUUCUGCGGUGAUUUCUGAAGUAACUCAGUAAGUGUUACAUGGAGACGUGUGUUAAUAAUGUGCCAGAAGACGUGUUGGACUGUGACGUGUAGCAUGUAACAAGCUAACCGUAAAGCUUCUUAAGAUUACGAAAGAAAAGUGAAUACUCCAGUAGAGUAUAGAAUGAUGUUUUGCACUAACGUUGGAAUAAUCUUAUACCAGUAGUUGGUAUAGUUUGUUGAAUUCUACUGAAGCACGGGGAGAGAUGAUGUUAAACAGGUGACUCUUGGAUGUGAGAUAUUAACGGAACUUUGAAGAAGACGGGGACAUUUCCUCCUCGAGAGUCGAGGACGUAAGAAUCAUUCCAGAUGUUGUGACAUCUCUGAACUGGAGGUAAUUUAUUGACGGUGCGACCCCCUGAAUGUCAAACGUCUGUGUUCACCUCACAAAGCUACUGGAAAUGAAAGAAGCAUGAUGUUGUAUUUAUAUUUAAACUGAGGAUUAUUGACUCGAUGAUUUCAUCUUAACCAGGGAACUAAGCUACUCUGACUCUGUCAGGCAGUGCGACAACUUUUAACAUGAAAUCCUUUUUUAAGCUGUACCAGGGACUGUGGGCUGAUCGCUCGGUGACUGUUCUGAAGCCUGUUGCUUUUUUUUUUUAGCGUAAAGGGUGUUUGUGAAAAUAACUUUAAUUCUUUUUUUAACACUAUUAUUAAUUUAAUAAACAAGUUAAUGUUUUUAUGAAAAAUAAUUACUGUUGAAAAUAGGAGGCUUUUGAUAUGUCACCUGUAAACAUCAUGAAGACACAGAAUUCACUUCUAACAUGUCACUGAUGCAAACUGUAAGAUCCGUCAUGUUGUUGUUUUUCAGUCAUUAAAUAUUUCAAUUUACUGUAAUAAAUCUUUUUUGGAACAUUC